UAUGACAUAGGAAACGUACCUGCAGCCAGCAGUAUACAUUGCGCUGCUAAUAUGCCAGCAACUUCACCAUGCCGAGCCUCAACACAGGUUCUCCGAUGGAUGGAUCAGAGGGAAGUCCGAAGGGGCGGGUGACAGUGUACUCUGUGGCAGGCUGCCCACACUGUCUCCGGGCCAAGUCUCGCUUGGGGGAACUAGGGCUGCCGGUGCACGAGGUGGACAUGAACCAGCACAGCGAGCUCUGGGUGCGAGUGAAGGAACUGACGGGCCGCAGCACUGUGCCGCAGAUAUUCUUCAACAACGUCCAUGUUGGGGGAAACGAUGACCUUCACAGACUGAGUCCUGAGGAGCUGGAGCGCCUGGUGUGCCUGGUGAGGGAUGAGCCAGUGCCCCCUGACGGCCCCCCUCUGCCAGACGAGGGCCAUCAAGAGGGAGCGGGGAACCAGUAUGGAGAAUUUAAGUGUGAGAGGGAUGAGUUUGCGGACGUGGUUGAGGAGUUCAAGCAUUGUGGGGUGAUUGGCAGCCACAGGAAAGGGCUGAGGGUGUGCAGGAACUGCUUCACAGGAGUGCAGCUGGUGGAUUGGCUGGAGCGGGAGAAGGGGCUGGACAGGAGUAAGGCUCGUGAGAUGGGCAAGGUUUUGAUGGACAGGAAGUUUAUUAACUCUGUGACGGGGAAAAGGGAGUUUGAAGAGAGUAGUGCCCUGUUCAGAUUGCUGGAGCAUGACCCACGCUCAGUACUCAACGCGGGGGAGAUGGCCACAUGCAGUCCCCUGCCGGCUGCUGAACUGUCAGAGAUCCUGCGGAACAUGAUUCUGAGACUCUACUCGGACCAUCUAUCUGCGGAUGGCAAGACGGUGGAUUACACAGCAAUGUCACAGAGCCCGUCCUUCGAGCACUACUGCGAGCUGGCCGUGCAGCUACAGCGUGUGGAGCUGCGGUCUCUGAGCCGCGAGGAAAAGCUGGCCUUCUUCAUCAACAUCUACAACGCCCUGGUCAUCCACGGCAACCUGCGGCUCGGCUGCCCCAAGAACAUGUGGCAGAGGUACCGGUUCUUCAACUACAUCAGCUACCUCAUUGGAGGGGAGGUCUUCACCCUGCAGGACAUUGAGAAUGGGGUGCUACGGGGGAACAGAAAGGGCGUGGCACAACUCCUGAAGCCCUUCUCAAAGAGUGACCCUCGGCUCCAGGUGGCGCUUCCGGAUGCAGAGCCCCUCAUUCAUUUUGCCUUGAACUGCGGGGCAAAGAGCUGCCCUCCCAUCAAAACCUACACAGCCAAGGACAUCGACAUUCAGCUUCUCACAGCAGCAGAGGCAUUCCUGGAGAAUGAUGAUGGCUGCAGGGUGGAUCCUGAAAAACGCGAAGUCAAACUCAGUCAGAUCUUCAAGUGGUACAAAGCCGACUUCGGAGACACAGAUGAGAAGCUGCUGAGCUGGAUUUUAAACCACAUGAGUGAUUCCCCCAAGAAGUCCAGUCUACAGACUGUGCUGAAGACAGGCAGCUUCAAAGUGAGCUACAUGCCAUAUGACUGGUCCAGCAACAGCAAGGACUGAGGCUGCAGCCCUGACCUCUACAUCAAGAUCUGUGCAUAGGUACCAGUGGGCUGCAGGCCAUAAGCCUGGGGCCAGUGUUACUGUGAGCACUGUCCCCUGUACACAACGACUUCAGGUGUAUAGUUCCCCCACGAUGAAGCACAGCUAUAGAGGUGUGUGAUAACCCCUCUUCCUGCACUAACAGGGCCCAACAAAGCCAUAAUAUGCCCAGUCACGCACUGGAAACUCGUACAGAUAAAACUCUCCCCAAUGGUUGGCUAUGUUUUUCAUGUUUAAAUGAGGGGGCAUAUCAUUUUGUGAGUUUAUUUUUCCUACGGAUAUGGAGUUUUACUAAGAAUCUCAGCUUUGACUAAUGGGACUUCACAAUUUUCAAAUAAUUUUUCAGUCAUGUCAUGUUCUGAUCCAGUUAUUUGAACUGGCAUUUAAAAGCAACACAAUUUCACACUAUUUAGUUUUGCUGACCCUGUGUAUUGUAUGCGGGAAGUCUUCCAAGCGCAAAUUAUGUUUGGAAAGCUGAAGUGAGAUAAUCAAUCCUGACAUGUUCCCAGUUGUUAAAAACUAAAUGGUACUUAUAUGCACACUGAGUGAUCAGAUGGUGAUCAAAAUGCUAUGAAACAGUAUCUUAAUUAUGUAAGUUGUACUGGAAUUUACUCAAAAAUAUAGUAAACUAAUGUUUUUCAUCUCUGCAAUAGCAAAUGACACAACCGUUGCCUGUUCUUCAGAUCGUGAACUCGCAGCGUCAGAUACAUUUGUAAUACCAUAUCUUGAGACCUGGCCAGAUGAAGCCAAACUUCAUUUACUACAAAAACUAUGCAGGAUUGAUUUGACUUUUUAGCACCAAGAAACAUAAAGGAAAAAAACCUGAACACUUUACAUGUGUUGUGUACAGUGGAAGCCCUGUACAUUUUUGUUCCUUUUCAUUUGUCCUGUGAUUUUGCUGUAAAGGGUUGUAAUUACAGAUGUGUUCUGUGAGAUAACUGAGAACACAUUGCCUUAUCUUUACCACAUUGGCUUACUCCAGACAACACUGAGAAUAUGAGUAGACAUACCGCUAUCAUAUCUGAAUUUCCUGUCACUGGAUAUCUAGAAAUACUGUACUGUGCUCAUCCAACAGUGACCAAGCAUACUGCACUUUCACACCAGUCAUUUCACCCAUGGCCAUCACAGGUCAUCACAUAUAAAAUCCAGUCUGAUUUGCAGCCAGAUUCAAUACUCUGAAUAUCAUCAGAUUUGAUUUUGAAAGUGGAGGUGAAUUUGAUUGGAUCUGCUUCUGUGGUCUAGCCCCUGUGUUCUGCAUAAAAUCAGCAUGAACUGCAAUACACUUUUGGGGGGCUGGGUUACUUGUCUGCUCGAGGGCUAGAGGAAAAAAAAAACCCACUUCUUGAGAUACAGCCUUGGAGAGAUCUCUUCAUUGUGAGCUGAGUUGCUUGCAGAUUAAUAUGCAUGUGUUGAUAUGGUGGUAUGUGUUUGUUGCAUGUUCUACUUCAAGGGCUCUUGUUCAGACCUGAACCCUAACUAGGAUGCUAAUCCUCUUUUCCUAGACAGUGCCUUCAGUCCCUGCAUGACAGAGCAUACCUCAGUAACCCCAAACUUGUCAAGAAUCCAACAGCUUGGUUUACCCUGUACCCUCUUUCAUUACAGUAUGGAAAAGGGGUAGCUGUUAUCUUAAGCCUGCCCUGUAUAAUCUCAGUUACAUCUCAACAUAAAUUUGCUCUGGUAUUUCCUAAGUUCCACAUCCAGAAAAAAAUCAUAUUCAUAGUAUAGGGCAGCACUCCUAAUGAACUGCAAUACUGCAUUAAGUGUUUACCUCAUUCAUCCCUUGACCUAUCAGGAAAAAAUGUGCGAUGCAAACCUUGUAAAACAACAAAUGAUCCAACUGUAAUCAUGCUCUUGCAUGGAUUUAAUACUUUACAUAUCGUAUAACUCUUUAAGCAAUACUUUUAUGAUUCUCUACAAAUGUAAAAUAUGCAAUGAAUAUCUGAAAUAAAUAGACUUGA